AUCCCUUCAAACCCCAUACUGCCGGUCAGACCACCAGACACAAUGAGUUCACCACUACGCCCAAGCCAUUCCGCCGCAAAUCGCGGCCUGGGAAACCUCGGUCGACGCAAGAGAGACAGAGAGCCGGAUGAUGAGACUUCAUCGGUUGCUCCGCCCUCAAGUCCCCCUCCUUCCUCCCCUCCUAUGCUCCCUUUCGACGAGGAUGACAACGAGGGAGACGAGGAGGCUGACAUGCUGGGGGACAUUGAUGAUCUCGAUGAGAUGGCCGAAGACGAGGAUGGCAUUGACCUGUUUGGCGAUACAUUUGAGAAAGAUUACAGGAGCACACAAGAUCAACAAUACCGCGGCACAUACAUCGACGAUGAGGGCGACCAUGAAGAGCUCGAUAUGGCGGCUCGUCGCCAGCUGGAUGCUCGCCUGAAUAAGAGAGAUCGGGAGCUAGAGCGCCGUCGCCGCAUGCCUGCCGCCUUCCUGCAGGACGAUGAAGACGCUGAAGUAGAUCUCACUCGGCAGCCUCGUCGACGCAGACACCACUACGAUGAGGAUCGGGAGGACGUUGAGAUGGGCGACGAUAUCAUGGAAGAGCUCUCCCUGGAGGAGUUGACCGAUGUCAAGGCGCCCAACAUCACAGACUGGGUUCUGCAGCCCCAAGUUUUGCGCUCUAUCUACCGCGAGUUCAAGGCUUUCCUCACGGAAUUCACCGACCCUACUGGUAGUUCAGUCUACGGUAACAAGAUCAAGACCCUGGGUGAGGUCAACUCUGCCUCGCUGGAAGUCAGCUAUGUUCAUCUCCUCAACACCAAGGCUGCUCUUGCCUACUUCCUCGCCAAUGAACCCACCGAAGUUCUGAAGGUCUUCGACCAAGUCGCCCUCGACGUGACUCUGUUCCACUACCCGCAAUAUCACGACAUCCACAACGAGAUCCAUGUCCGUAUCACAGACCUCCCCGUCAUCUACACUCUCCGCCAGCUCCGCCAGUCGCACCUCAACUGCCUUCUGCGUGUCAGCGGUGUUGUCACUCGCCGUACUGGCGUCUUCCCGCAAAUGAAGUACGUUAUGUUCAUUUGCGGCAAAUGUAAGACCCACCUGGGUCCCUUCCAGCAAGAAGCCAGUGCGGAGGUCAAGAUCACUUUUUGUCAGAACUGCCAGGCCAAGGGACCGUUCACGGUUCACUCCGAAAAGACCGUGUACCGCAACUACCAGAAGUUGACUCUGCAGGAGUCCCCUGGCUCCGUCCCCGCCGGCCGUCUCCCCCGUCAGCGCGAGAUCAUUCUUCUUGCUGAUCUCAUCGACUCGGCCAAGCCCGGUGACGAGAUCGAAGUGACUGGUAUCUACCGCAACAGCUAUGAUGCGCAGCUCAACAACAAGAACGGAUUCCCUGUGUUUGCCACGAUCAUUGAGGCCAAUCACAUCGUCAAGUCCCACGACCAGCUGGCUGGUUUCCACCUGACGGAAGAAGACGAACGAGAGAUCCGUGCCCUGUCCCGGGACCCAGAGAUCGUCGACAAGAUUGUGCGCUCGAUUGCUCCCAGUAUCUACGGGCACCUGGACGUCAAGACUGCCAUCGCGCUGUCCCUGUUCGGCGGUGUCAGCAAGCAAGCCCAAGGCAAGAUGUCCAUCCGUGGAGACAUCAACGUGCUCCUGCUCGGUGACCCCGGUACCGCCAAGUCACAGUUCCUGAAGUACACGGAGAAGACCGCGCACCGAGCCGUCUUCGCCACGGGCCAGGGUGCCAGUGCCGUCGGUUUGACGGCCAGCGUCCGGCGGGACCCGCUGACCAGCGAAUGGACGCUGGAGGGCGGUGCUCUCGUGCUGGCAGACCGCGGGACGUGUCUGAUUGACGAGUUCGACAAGAUGAACGACCAGGAUCGGACGUCGAUCCACGAGGCGAUGGAACAGCAGACGAUCUCGAUCUCGAAGGCCGGAAUCGUGACGACGCUGCAAGCGCGCUGUGCGGUGGUGGCGGCGGCGAACCCGGUCGGCGGGCGCUACAACAGCUCAGCGCCGUUCUCGCACAACGUGCAACUGACCGAACCGAUCCUGUCGCGUUUCGACAUCCUGUGCGUGGUGCGCGACCUGGUCGACCCGACGGAAGACGAGCGACUGGCCAACUUCGUCGUGGAGUCGCACUCGCGCGCCAACCCGUCGCGGCCGCUGCACGACGAGGACGGCAACCUAGUCAACGCGGACGGUCACCCGAUCGACGAGGAGGGCUACCGCAUCAACAAGAAGACGAAAGAGCGCCUGCCCCCUACACCUGAAGAACUCGCCACCCGCGAAGCCGAGGCCCGCAAGCGCGAGGAGGAGAAGGAGGGCGAGAUCCCGCAGGAGCUGCUCCGCAAGUACAUCCUGUAUGCGCGCGAACGGUGCCACCCGAAGCUGUACCAGAUCGAUCAAGACAAGAUCGCGCGACUGUUCGCCGACAUGCGUCGCGAAUCGUUAGCAACCGGUGCCUAUCCUAUUACUGUCCGCCACCUCGAAGCCAUAAUGCGCAUCGCCGAAUCCUUCUGUAAAAUGCGUCUCUCGGAAUACUGUUCAGCGCAGGACAUCGACCGCGCCAUCGCCGUGACCGUGGAAUCCUUCAUCGGAAGUCAAAAAGUCAGCUGCAAGAAGGCGCUUUCCCGGGCAUUUGCCAAAUACACGCUCUCGCGUCCGAAACCACAAUCCCGUCGGAAGGCAGGGAUCCCCGCGCCGGAUCCGUUCCGGCCGCGGAUGGGAUCUGUGAGGCCGCGGUAGUAGAGUAUACCUUAUCUUCUUCCUUCCUUUUUUUGCAAGGAAGGGGUGGGAGGGGUAUAAGGAUGCUACCUACCCACCUAUUUCAGGUUACUGACCCUAUCUAUCUAUCUAUCUGGUUGAGUUCCGGAUACGAAUGAUCUUGAUAUUCUGUGAUGUAUGUACGUACAUGAUACUUCGGUAAGGGCGGGCGUUAUUAUCUUUUCUUUAAGGAGUUUAUCGAUUAAGAUUGUCAUUACAUUGUGCGUGCGUGCGUGCAUAUGGGAUUGUGGUCUUUUAUUUGGUUGUUUUUAUUAUCUGGGUCGAUUGUUAACUUUGAUGGUUGAGUUUUAUGGGGUCUGUCGGUGGGAUUUUACUAGGGGACG